UUGGUGCCGCUGCUGACAAUUAAACGUAAACAAACGAAAACAAAGGCGUGCAAGUACAUAAAAGUAAGCAGAAAAGCAUCCGCGGAUACCUCAUUGUUGCGUUUUCUUCUCGCAUUCUUGAAUUUGAAAUCGCCAAAAUUCUUUGCAAAUCCGUUGCGGCUCCAAUUCGCAAUGGAGGAUCCAACUAGCGAUUUGGUCACGUUUGCGACGCUUCGCGAUGCAUUGGCCAUUGCCAAAGCGAAGAGGUCGAGAAUUCAAAACUUUUUGCCUCUGAGGGAAUUGGCCAUGCGGAAAAUCGUCAGCUACGACGUCCGCAUCGAAUCGUCACCUCUGAUGCUGCACUUGCCUUCAUGUUUGAAGUUGGAAAUCUUGGAUCGCAUGCAUGCCAAGGGUGUUGAAAUGGAGAAGAAGCUCACCAUGCCUGCAGUCAAAGACUUGAUUUUUGGAAUGCUUUACAGCCUGUUGGACGCUUCGACAAAGAAGUUCGACUUUGUUGUCUUUUCCACCCACCACAAGUCGGACAAGCAGCGUGAUCUGGACAUGUGGAAGCUGCUCGUCAGGAAGUGUCCGAACUUGGAGCAAAUUUCCGACUCCCGAAAGCAUGCUGAACCAGGUUCAUGGCAGCCUGACGGAGUGGAGAAAGGAGUGGGCAAAUUCAAGCUUCAAGAUGUCAAGUACUUCCUGCUCCAGUUGCCCAAUCUCCAGCACAUGAUCCUUGAGCAGUACGGGUGUGAUGAAGAAGACAUGGCAUGGGUCGCUCAGCACUUCCCGAAUUUGAUCACCCUUGGAGUGUCCCUGAGCAUCGUCUCUCCCUUCUUGUUUGACAACUUAUUUCAUCUGCAGAGAUUGGAAGUACUGAAAAUUCACUUUGGUUAUAGGAAUUUGAGUGAGGAGGACCAAACAAUGCAAGAGCUCUACUGGAGAAAUUUUGGACUGGAGUAUGUCAAGAGGUUCCCUCGACUGCGUAUCUACAAUUUUCAUCCUGAUUACUUUGUUUACGCCCAAAGUGGUGAUGCGCUCUUUACCGAAGAUCCAGGACAGCCCCAUCCACUCGAGCGCAUAACUACUAACCAUUUUUUCGACUUCCGUCACACACCUAACUUGACAAAUGUCAAGUUUACUGAUGGAAUAAUUGGAAACCCAGCCUUCUGUGUCUUCUUGACCAACCUGAGAGUUUUGGAUGUGAGUGAUGACAGGGGAAAUCUCAUUUACCACAUUUUGACUCUCUGUGGCAAGCAGUUGGAGGAGCUUGAACUGAACAUUUGUGAAGGGGAAGACACGAUGGACGUGUGUGACAUUUUCCUGCUCUGCCCACGCCUGCACAAGCUGGGUUACUAUUUGCAUGAUCCCUUCCAUGAGUCAAAGCCAUUCAACGACCAACUGGACGCCAGUCACUUCCGAAGCCUGAAGGAGUUCUCCUUGAACUGGAGGCUCAGCUACACCUACGCCUCUCGAUUGAUGGCCCUCGUCCUGACAGCUCCACUUCUUGAGCGUUUCACAAUGAAGGAAAGUUUCACCAUGACCCCUGAGGUUUGCACUCGAUUGCACCGACCUUUGAUCGAGGGGAAGAUUCUGCAGAAACUCAGGGAGUUCCAGUUUGGCUCCCACCUUGAGCAUCCUGCCGAUUUGCUCCAAUUUCUCCUGCUGCUGCCAGUCCACGCUCCCCGACUUCAAAGGAUGGAGUAUUUUGGUGCUCAUCCUUCCUUCUUGCAAAUGAUACGGAAAUCGCCAAUGGAAGCACUCAAUGCUGUUGAAAACUUUGUGUACACUAUAGCCAGGAGCUGGUGUUAAUUGAUUUUGGAGAUGACAGCGACCUUGGCUAAUCAUCUAAAUUAGUUAUGAUUUAAUUUGAAAAUAAAAUUUUUUUCUUUAUCCUGUUAA